GCUAUGGACAGUGCUAUCACCCUGUGGCAGUUCCUCCUGCAGCUCCUCCAGGAGCCUCAGAACAAGCACAUGAUCUGCUGGACCUCUAACAAUGGGGAGUUCAAGCUUUUGCAGGCAGAAGAGGUGGCUCGUCUCUGGGGAAUUCGCAAAAACAAGCCAAACAUGAAUUACGACAAACUUAGUCGAGCCCUCAGAUAUUAUUAUGUCAAGAAUAUCAUCAAAAAAGUCAAUGGUCAGAAGUUUGUGUACAAAUUUGUCUCUUACCCGGAGAUUUUGAACAUGGAUCCAAUGGCAGUGGGCAGGAUUGAGGGAGAUUGUGAAACCUCAGGCUUCAGUGAUGUCAGCAGCAGUUCCAAAGACGUGGAGCACGGAGGCAAGGAGAAGGCCCCGCAGCCUGGCGCCAAGGCCUCCAGCCGCAAUGACUACAUACACUCUGGCUUAUAUUCUUCCUUUACUCUCAACUCUCUGAACUCCUCCAAUAAGAAGCUUUUCAAAUCCAUAAAGAUUGAGAAUCCAGCAGAGAAACUGGCAGAGAAGAAAUCGCCUCAAGAGCCAGCACUGUCUGUCAUCAAAUUUGUGACAACACCUUCUAAAAAGCCACCGCUUGAGCCUGUUGCUGCCACCGUCUCAGUUGGCCCGAGUAUUUUUCAGUCUUCAGAAGAAACCAUCCAAGCAUUGGAGACAAUGGUUUCCCCGAAACUGCCUUCCCUGGAGGCACCAGUGACCACCUCUAACAUAACUGCCACUCUGACCCCUCCCUCCCCUCCCGUCCCGUCCCUGUCCCCUUUGCAGGAGCCUCCUCGAACACCCUCGCCACCACUGAGUUCUAACCCAGACCUUGACACAGACAUUGAUUCAGUGGCUUCUCAGUCAAUGGACCUUGCCGAGAACUUGAAACUGGAGUCUGACGAGCAGGAUUGCAUUUUGCCAGAAAAGGACAAAACAAAUAAUUCAUCAAGGUCCAAGAAACCCAAGGGGUUGGAACUGGCACCCACCCUGGUGAUCACGAGCGAUCCCAGCCCACUGGGCAUCCUGAGCCCAUCUCUGCCCACAGCUUCUCUCACACCGGCACUGUUUUCACAGACGCCCAUCUUACUGACUCCAAGCCCCUUACUCUCCAGCAUCCACUUCUGGAGUACCCUCAGCCCUGUCGCUCCUCUAAGUCCAGCCAGACUGCAAGGUGCUAACACACUUUUCCAGUUUCCUUCUGUGCUGAACAGUCACGGGCCAUUCACUCUGUCUGGCCUGGAUGGACCUUCCACCCCUGGCCCAUUUUCCCCAGACCUGCAGAAAACAUAA